CGCUGCACCAUCUGCUCACAUUGGGGGUCAAUCUGGAAUGAUGUGCUUGUAAUUCAAGUAGUAUGUCCAGUUUUACUAAAUCUGCCCAGCAAUGGGCUACCUUUGCCAGGUCGUGGUACCUGAUAGACGCUCGGAUGCAGCCUCCAGGGAAGAUUGCCACUAUGUGUGCAAUCAGGCUACAGGGGAAACACAAACCUAUCUACCAUGCACUGAGUGAUGUUGGAGACCAUGUAGUAGUCAUGAACAGCAGACACAUAGCCUUCUCUGGGAACAAAUGGGAGCAGAAGAUGUACUCCUCUCACACCCAGUACCCGGGUGGAUUUAAACAAGUCACAGCCACCCAGCUCCAUUCGAAAGACCCCAAAGCGAUAGUGAAGCUGGCAGUGUACGGGAUGCUGCCGAGGAACCUCUCCAGAAGGACCAUGAUGCAACGGCUACACCUCUUCCCUGAAGAUGAUCUUCCUGAAGACAUCCUUCUGAACCUGACGGAGGAGCUGCCUCAGCCCAGAGAGAUCCCUCGCAGGCUGAAUGAGUACAGCCAGGAGGAGCGAGAAGCCUUCCCCACUCUGUGGACCCCACCGGAAGACUACAGGAUGAAGUGAUCCAUCAGAAGGCUGUUGCUAGGCGUCUUCUUCUUCUUCUGUCCUGUUCCUAGUACUCAUUUACAUCCAGGUGACAUUUACUGUACACACCACAAACCUUUUUCUGUCGUCCCAAAUAAUGUACAAAAUAAAACUAGUUCUCUUGUCAACAGUUUUUUUUUUUCUUUCUUAUUUUUCUGUGAGAAUAAAUCAUGAUGUAUAUUUAA